AAAUUCUUCUUAUAUUAACACAAACUACACACACACAUAUAUAUAUAUAUAUAUGUAUUGUAUACACACACAAAGACAGAGGCUCCAAAUUUAAGGGAAACCGAUGAAAAAUCGCCCGAAAUAGAAGGUGACAACUGCCAAGAAACAUAAACACAGAAGGUAUUAAGACAAUAGUCGUGUAAUUUCCAGAUAGGACGCCGUCUCCUCCUCCACAAAACUACACCUUCGAAGAAGCCGACGUUCUUCUUUCGUCCAUGCGCCAUCAAAUCGGUUCAGAAAGGUUUCGAACGGAAAUUGAAUUCCAGAACCAAAACGCUGUGACAUAUCUCUCUCUCUCCGACGAACAAAAAAGCCCCUCCGAUGACGGAAUCUCCAUGGGCCGUACACGCCGGUCCAGAAGCGGCGGAGAAGAUGGAUCACGACGACAACAACUACUCACCGAAUGUCCUCAUGGGCUCUCUUUUCCGGGAAGAAGGGCACAUAUAUUCGUUAGCAACGUCGGGUGAGUUGCUGUACACGGGAUCCGACUCUAAAAACGUAAGGGUCUGGAAAAAUCACGUGGAGUUCUCGAGUUUUAAGUCGAACAGCGGGUUGGUGAAAGCCAUAGUGAUCGCCAGAGAGAAGAUAUUCACCGGCCAUCAAGACGGGAGGAUCCGUGUCUGGAAGGUCUCGUCCAAAGAGGCCGACGUUCACCGGCGCGUCGGCACAAUGCCCGGUCUCAGAGAGUUAAUCAAAAGCGCCGUCUUGCCCACAUCGUACUUCGACUUCACGCGCCGAAUCCGCCGGCGAACGCGAGGGGCUAAGCACCACGACGCGAUAUCCAGCCUCGGCCUGAGCGAAGAUGGGAAGCUUCUGUACUCUGCGUCGUGGGACAAGACGUUCAAGGUGUGGAGGACGUCGGAUUUCAAGUGUUUGGAAUCGGUCAACGCCCACGACGACGCCGUGAACGCCGUCGUUUCGGCCUUCGAUGGGUUGGUUUUCACCGGCUCAGCCGACGGGACGGUGAAGGUGUGGCGGAGAGAGAACCAAGCCAAGGACACGAAACACUACUUCUCGCAGACGUUGUUGAAACAAGACUGCGCCGUGACGGCGAUCGCCGUUAACCCGGAAGCGACGUUGGUUUACUGCGGGUCAUCAGACGGAACCGUCAGCUUCUGGGAACGAGAGAAUCUCCUGAUAAACGGCGGCGUUUUGACGGGUCACAAGCUCGCUGUUCUCUGUCUGGUCACGGCGGGGAACCUGUUACUGAGCGGUUCGGCGGAUAUGGGGAUAAGGGUGUGGAGGAGACAAGCCGACGGCGGCGGAAAACACGAGUGUUUGUCUGUCCUGACUGGACAUUCGGGACCGGUGAAGUGUCUGGCGGUGGACAGAGACCAGGAAUCGGCGUCCGGCGAGACACGGUGGAUUGUGUAUAGCGGGAGUCUAGAUAAGUCGGUGAAGAUGUGGAGAGUGUCGGAAAGAUCACCGGCGAUGGUUAACCAGGAGGUCCAACCACCGGGUAGCAACGGCGGACCAGCGGUUUUGACGGUGGCUCCUAGCCUCACGACCCAAGGCAGAAUUAGCCAAAAAAAGUAGCUGGUUUCCCAUCCACACACCACAUGUAUAAAAAUGAUCAACCCCUCAAAAUGGCAAAGAGAAUCUAGUUUCGCAAUAGGAUCUGACCAUACAAUUCGUACAGAUCAUUUCAUUUUGUUGGCCAGAAAGAUUAUGUUUUUUUGUAUUUAUUUAUGACACGUGGUCCAAUCAGUCUUGCUUCAA